CCGGGUUGAACAACCACAGACAACCGUCGGCCGCCAACUGCAGCAGCGACAGAUUCCCCAUCCUCCAAACCAUUCCUUUCAUCGUGACGCUUAAACAUUCACAAACCCCAUCCCUCCCAGCGACAUAUCCCCCACUCUUCAAACCAUUCCUGUCAUCCAACUCUCGUAACCUUACCAUUCACAAACUUCCUCCUUCCCUCCCUUCACAAACAUCAAUUUACCGUCUGCUAUGAGAUGUGCAAUUAGGUAACCUGAAAAUACAGCUAUUGCCAUGGCUGCUGCUGCAAAAUCAAGGGCAAUUGAAAAAGAUGUUGAUGGCCUUAUUGCUUGUGUAACUGGCUUCUCUGAGACAUUGGAGAAGGACGAGGAAAACUUUGAGCUAUGCCGCCGGUACGUGCUCUCCAACAUCUACUACCACCGCUACCUGGACACAAACAGCCACGAAGUGCGCCGCCAGCUGCGCGGACUGGCCACCAAGUUCCGUGUGCACGCGCUUCCCGGCCUCGCCGAGCGACUGGAGACCCUCUGGAAACGGCUGGUCGAGGCGCGAGACUGGUCCGAACACGCUCAGUGGGACAUCGAAUGGCGUCUUCUCAGUCUUUUGGUGAACCUGAGCAACAACCCGACGUCGGUGGCGAGCCGGCCGCGGGCGGCGCCCGGUCAGCAGCCGCUGGCGGCCGUGUCGGAGGGAGGCGAGGAGCAGGAUCAGGAGGUGGACUGGAGGAAGGAGCUGCUGCUGCCCGAGGAGGAGUACAGCCCCUACCAGAGCCCGGAGGAGUGGUCGGACCUGGACGGCGAUGACGACAUCAACAUAUCUCCGCCGCCGGUCCACGUCGUUCGAUUCAGCCGGUCGUCACUGCUGCUGCCGGGAGUGGAGGUGGGCCGACCGAGCGCCGGCCGGCCGCAGCCGCUGGCCGACGAGGGUGACCCUCUCACCUGGCUGGAGGAGCACAUCUCGCGGCCCUACCAGCCCGUGGAGCUCGGCCCGGGACCGCUGCGGCCCAGCCCCGACGCCGCCGAGACAUAUCACGCGCUGCAGGUGCGCCUGGGUCUGGCCGGUCCCACCGAUCUUUCUGUGCUCACCGAGUGGAGCGUCUGCCGCGAGCUGGUCUGGCAGCUGCUGUCUCCCGCCGACUCGUCACUGCUGCAGUGCCGGGACGGCCAGUUCCGGCCGACCGGACGGUUCAGGGUGCACGGACUGACUCAGGCGGCGCUCUCCAGUCAGCUGAGUCGUUUCUGCGCCCCCGUGACGGCGGUGGGUCGGCUGCGCGGAUUUAUCCGCUCGCCAGGUCCGCUGUCCACCCACCGGGCGUUCGCGCGGUCACUGGCUGCCCACCUGGAGGGGCUGGACGCGGAGCUGGUCACCCUGGAGACGGAGCUACAGAAACAGGAGGUCACGCUGACUCUCCGUGGCAUUCAGCGGCGCCUCUCUGCGUGGUUCUGCCACCUGGCAGAGCUGGACCGUCUCCUACAGAGAGGGGUACUGAGUGUGCCAGACGACCGGCCGGGAUGGGUACGCGCCGCCAGGCUGGUCUCUGUGCUCUAUGAAGCGGUGGACGUGUGCGCCGACCCUCGCUGGUCUCCUGCUCUGGUCCGUCUGUUCCUGGACACUGUCCAGCCGAUGGUGGCCGUGGUCAGCGGCUGGACAGUGCUGGAGACCGACCCCGACCCCAACCGGGAGUUCCUCAUACAGAGGAACGAAGAGACGGCGGUGACCGAUCCGCAGUACUGGGCCAGCGGCUUCACUGUGAACUCAAACUUCCACGAUUACUGGACAGAUGGCGUUGAGCCGCUGCCGUUCCUUCUGCCCCAUCUCGACCAGCUGGUGCAGACGGCGAAAUGUCUGAGGAUCCUCUGUCAUCUCAAACUCACCGAUCAUCUAGAUGACAGCAGCCUUCAGGAGGAGUUCAACUCUUUGGUGUCCGAGGCUCUCUCAAAGGCUGACGAGUCUUCCCAAGAGUCUGAACAAACUCCUGGGUUUGAGGACUCACCUCAGAAGAGUGCCAACACCCUCUCAAAUGCACCAAAGAGUUCAGAGAGUACCCACACGUCUGAAGCUAUCGACCCAGGAAAAGAACCCAAACCAGGCAAGCCAGUUAGCGUCGCUGGGGAUUCGAAGGCGGCGAGCGCUGCCGUCUUCUCCCCAGCACCACCUUCGGCAGCCGUCUCAGCGGACGGACCAGAGGGCUCAGACGCAGCCGGCGCCGAGACCACAGGAGACGCUGAGAGCGUAUCUGCAGCUGGGACCGCGACAACUGUGGUCACCGCGAGUGAAUCUCCAGAGGGCGGCCCACAAGAAACCGCUACUGAGAAGCAUCCAAUGGCAGCAGAUGCCCCUAAACUCCCUUCAGUGGAAUCAAAAGACUCCCCUGACGACCGUCCAGCACGCGCUGAAGCCCCAGCUCACCCUCAGCCCGCUGCAGAGGACGCCCUCAGUGACUGUGACAGCGGUCGGGGGUCGGAGGAGGCCCCCUCUCCGCCCCCGCCGAGGGGACCGGCAGCACCCCCUGGUGGGAUGCUGCAAGAAUUGCUGGUGUCCUUCGGUUCGCCAUACCUCAGCGCAGCGUUCGAGGAGGCGCUCUACGCCACGGAUAGGGGACGGGAUACUGCACCGGAGGCGCCAAAGAAGAGGUCGGCUCCGCCGGUGCGUCUGACCACCUCGAUCCCCCACAUCAUGUGCUCGGCUCUGAGCGGACCGCUGGCCGCGCGGCAGGCCUCCGUCUGCCGUCGAAUGGUGACCGCUCUGCGCUCAGACUUCCAGCUGGGGGAGCACCUCAGGAUGCUGCGCCGCGUGUUCCUCAUGGAGGCGGAUGAUCUGAUGGCUCAGUUCACACUGCAGCUCUGUGAUACGCUGGCGUCUGACUCCGACUCUGACGAGUCGGUGAGUUUGACUCUGUGUCUGGAGGACUGCGUCUCGGCUCGGUACCCGGAGCAGGCGGCUCGGCUCUCUGUCACUGUGCAGCACCCGGCGGAGCGCGAGCUACCCCUGCUGCAGCGGCUGGCUACCGUCACCCUGGGGUACAGUGUGCCCUGGCCGUGUACUAUCGUCAUCACAGACAGCUGCCUGGAGCGGUACAACGCCAUGUUUCGGUUCAUACUGCAGCUGAAGUUUACACUGAGGGCGCUGCACACGCUCAAAUUUGAAGAUCUGGAUCGGUGUGCUGGGACGGCCGACUCCAGCACCCAGUCCCCGCUGGACCUGGACCGUUCGGAGCCGGUGCCUCGCGCCUCGCGGGUCCUCCGGCUGCAGCUGCUGCGGGCCUGGCUGCUCCACUUCGUCGGCAGUAUACACAGCUACAUCAUGAUGCGGGUGCUACAUUCGACCUGGCUGGAGCUGGAGGAGCAGCUCGAAAAGGCCGCUGAUGUCGACGCCAUGGCCCAGAUGCACCAGCUGUACCUGGGCGUUCUGCUGCGCCGCUGUCUGCUCAGCGGCUCCGCUGAGCGGACCCUGCACGCGGCCGUGCAGUCGGCGCUCCAUCUCUCCGGACGGCUGCAGCUGCUCUGGACAGCUGCCGGCCAGCUGCCCGAGGCAGAGCUGCUCAAACUGGAGGCCGACUACGUGCGCUGUCACCACUUUACAGCCGGCCUGCUGAGGCAGUACAGGCAGACCAUGGGACACGUGGAUAGCCUGGCAGCAGCAAUGGCUCAUAGUGCACCGGGACAGAUAUCAUACGACGAACUGGUUUGAACCGACGCGAACUGACGUGAGCUGUCCCUAACUGGCGUGAUUGCGCCGCCCGUCCGUCCGUCGAGCGGUGUCAUGUGAAUGAGCGGCGACCCCGGGUUGGUCAUAUGAGUGACAUCUCGUGAUAGAACUGGUAUAAAACUGGUGCUGAUUGGGCGGUUGGAAGGGUGACCCCCGGCUGCCGGUGACUCGUGAGGUAGCGACUAGCCAGGAUGGUUGGUUACUUGGUGUAGCGUCUUUUGGCGCAUGACGGAUGUCGGGAGAGCGCAGUUGAGAGCAGGGAUGGGAGUCAUGUGCUGGUGCUGAGUGUGUGAGUGCGUGAGUGAAGUGUGGUGUGAGUGCUCGUUGGUGCUACUGUGUAGCGGCUGAGCUGGUGAAGUACUCAGGUGUCUGAUUGAUUGAAUUAGAAGAAUGGCUGAGAGUUCAACACUCGCAACAGUUACAAAUGACUGUGUAACAUUUUUGAGCCUGACUUUCAUUCCCACAUGUGCGUACUCAUUCCCAACUCAUUGAUGAAUAAUAUAUGCAAAUAAUAUAUAACAUUUGCUACA